AUGGGUAGAAGCAGUUGCCCUACUAAUAAUGCAAAAGUGGUUGUAAAGCUGUUUAAAUCAAUCAUUUUUCCUUGCUUUGGAAUUCCUCAGACUACAAGUGGACAAGUGGAAAUCUCUAACAAAGAGAUCAAGUCGAUUCUGCAAAAGACGAUCGGCGUAAAUCGCAAGGAUUGGUCUGAAAAACUCAAAAAUGCACUUUGUGCCUAUCAGACAGCAUACAAAACUCAUUUAGAGACAACACCGUUCAAUCUUGUUUAUGGGAAAGCAUGUCACAUUCCUGUAGAGCUCGAGUACAAAGCACAAUGGACUAUUAAGGAGAUGAACAUGAACUUUAAGGCAGCUGGAGAAAGAAGAAUGCGUCAAAUUCAUGAGUUAGAAGAAAUCAGGCAGAAUGCCUAUGAGAAAUCCACGAUAUACAAGGAGAAGACGAAGAUGGAUAAGCCACCUCCUGCUUUGAAGUGGAACUCUCAUGAUGUUGGAUGGGAAUAUGGAGUCUUAAACGACCCAAAGAAUCCAGACAAAGUGAAGUGCUUGCUGUGUGGAAAUGAAUUUUUUGGUGGUGUGCAUCGGUUAAAACUACACAUUGCGCACAAAAAAGGAGUGGUGUCUUCAUGUCCUGUAUCGACUAAAGCUGAUCAAGAGAAGUGUCCUAUGGAUCGGUUUGCCAGCAACAUUAAUCCUGAAGCUUCAUUGGCUACACAGAAACGGCAGGAGAGUAUCAAUAUUGUUCAAGAUGGCUGUGUUCUGCGUGAACCAUUGCUGAAUGAGGAUGUACAGAGGACAAAAGAAAAGCUGAAGGUGCUGGAAGAAGAGUGGGAUAGAGAAGGUUGCUCAGUGAUGACGGACUCUUGGACUGAUAUGAAAAGGAGAAGCAUCAUGAACUUGUGUGUGAAUUCAAGAGGAGGCACAUGUUUUCUCUCAUCAAAGGACACCUCUAAGGAUUCUCAUACAGGUGAGUACAUCUUUAAAUACAUUGAUGGUUGCAUUGAAGAAUUAGGAGCAACUAGAAUAGUGCAAGUUGUGACUGAUAAUGCAAAAAACAAUGUUGCUGCUGCAAAGAUGCUGAAAGAGAAGAGGCCGACCAUUUUUUGGAGUGGAUGUGCGGCUCACACACUCGAUCUGAUGCUUGAGGGAGUUUCAAAGUUGCAAAAUUUUGACAAAGUCAUCAGCCAAGCAAAAGCAGCCACCAUCUUCAUCUAUGCUCAUCAUAAGACCCUGAAUAUGAUGAGAACCUACACAAAGAAAAGGGAUAUUGUGAGACCUGGAGCAACAAGAUUUGCUACUUGUUUUUUGACUCUCCACAGCUUGUAUGAGAAAAAAGCUCAGUUGAAGUCAAUGUUCACAAGUGAUGAGUGGCAUGAAUGCACUCAUUCAAAGGCGCUGAAGGGAAAGAAUGUGUUUGAGACUAUUAUGAGUUUUGGAUUCUGGAAUUCUGUGAUGAUGGUGUUGAAAAUAUUCAGCCCUUUGGUGAAGGUGCUAAGGCUGGCCGAUGGAGAGAAGAUACCUUCUAUGGGUUUUAUUUAUGGCGAGAUUUUAGAAGCUAGGAAGUGUAUCAAGGAACCUUGUGAUCAUGUUGAGAGGAAUUAUCAGCCUGUGUUUAAGAUCAUUGUUGAUAAGAUGAAAGACCCCACUAUCCAGUUUGACAUGGUCAUUGUGGAAGGAUUCAUGAGCUGUGUGGAGACUUUUUACUAUGGUAACUUUGAGAAUCAAGAUAAGAUUAUGAAUCAUGAACUUUGUCUCUACAAGAACAAAGUUGGUUUGUUUGGCAAUCGGUUAGCACUUAAAGGUUGUGAAACCAGAGAUGACAAGUUUAAUCUAGGAAACUGGUGGUCAACCUAUGGAUGUGGUGCACCAAAUUUGCAGAAAUUAGCAACAAGAAUACUUGCAUCGAUCUCUAGUUCAUCUGGAGAGCAAAACGCAGAUGCCAUCUUCGAAGAUGGUAAUGAAGACACUGUGGAAGAAUGGAUUGUUGGACCAAGAUUGGAAGACCAAGACAGUGAUGUGAACUUGGUUCUAGCCGCACAAUUUCCAUGA